AUGGCUUCAGCGAAUGCAGGCCACAAACUUGAAGAACUCCAAAGCGAGAUCGCUUCCAAAUUCUGCGGUAUCGCUAGGAUUGCAGCCAAUUGCAUCUACUUUAGUCAGACGGACGGCGACAUCGAUGCCGAGAAGCUUGAUCACCUUGUCGGUAUCUUCCGACAUGAAGGAUGUGAUCGGGCUAAUCCCAGUCACUUCCUCGCAGCCACUAUCCCCUCCACUAUGUUGGAAUCCGCACUCGCAUUGUCUCGCCUGUCUCUCAGCGAUCUGAACAAUGUUUCACCUCCUCUGCUUCAUCUGCCCCCUGGGGAGCAAGUAGGGGGUCUCUAUGGGCGCCAUCGGAUUGCUGCAGUUCUGCAAGACGACAGGUUGGCGUCAUGGUGGCCAGUGAAGCUCUAUGCCGGUUACUCACUUGCAGCCUCCAUGAUGACAAGUAAAUGGUGGACGCGGCUCGAUAAAAGUAAGCCGGAAAUACUGAAGAGAAUCUUCAAGCACCCGGCGCUUGCUCCAGUCCUCGAGAAGGUUGUCAGAAUACCUGGCAUGCGACCCAACCUUCAGCUCGGCACCUGGAACAAGAUCUUCCACUGUAUUGAGGAGGUUGUCCAUUACCUGCUACUGAUUUACAAUACCUGGGUCUAUAUAAUGGGCUCGCCCAGCGCGCUCGAAUUCGUGGACAGCCGGGCUGUACAGAGCCUUGAAUUGCUUGUACCUGGCGUUUCCAAAAGGGACCAACUUCGCGCAGAAGCCGCAAUUCGUGACCAUCACAACUUCAGAUGCAUCGAUGACGAGACGGAGCGUACGAAUAUCUUACAUAGGCUGACGUCUGUGCAGCAUCUUAUCCCCUCCAUACGCACGCUCCAGAACGACUUCAAAUACUUGAGAGAAUGCACUCACGUAGUUAAAAGGUUGAUUUGUGGAAAGACGCCUAGCUCAUUCACCGUGCAAACCAUUGCCUGGAAAGCAUUCAAACCCCCAGCUAGGCAUCCAGCGAGCGAAGAGGUCGCAUUCGAGAACCACCUUCGCUUUUUGUAUAUCGCUGUCAUGAACGACCUUUGCGAUCUUUCUGGUCAGACUCCUUUAAAAGAUGAAGGGCCAGAGCACCAAAAGAACUUCCAGCCUGAUCCGCGGACUUGGUUUCGACUUGCUUGCCGCGCAAAGCAACUAGGCUUCGUUUCGGAGGAGAUUUCACGGUUGAGCCAAGCAGAUCCCGAUCGUGAGAUCGCGUUGAAGGCCCUGCUAGAAGCACGCCCAUUGCCCGAUUAUGAUUACGGCACCGGCCUCGAAAGCUUCGUACAGCUGAUCCGAGAGCUUUUCGACAAAGCCCACAAAGUUGACUUUAUGGAAACCCCACGACCAUUAACUACUAGUCAGAAUGGCGAGCCGACAUAUAGACGAUGUGGUCGUUUGUAUGGAAAGGCUUAUGCCAGAGAUCGGGACUGCAUCACUGUCGACACCAUCACAUGUAAUGUACAGUUGAACACAGAUGUCACCUCCCUUUUUGUUCGACGCUCAGUGUUUCGUGCCUUCUGGGGA